CAUGAGUGGCGACACGGCGCGCAUGGUCCGCAGGACGAGUCUGCAUCAGGACGAGGAGAUGCGGAGCCGGGCCAUGUCGGUCGGCUCGUCGCUGGCCCGCCGUCGGCUCAGCUCGCUGGACCACAACUACACGAUGCUCUUCCAAGUGGGCAAGCUGGAGCUGCAGAUGAUCAGUCCCGACAACAAGGCUGUCAAGCUGCACAAGUACUUUAAGGACAUCUCCCAGAUCACUCAGGGGCAGAAGAACAGCGACCACUUCGGCUUCAUCUGCCGCGAGACGCCGGCGGCCGCCGCGGCGCCAGCCGGGUCUGAGGGGUCGCAGGAGGCGCCCCGGGCCGGCCCCGGCGCCGCCAUGCCACCCGCCGCCGGCCACAAGAGCGGAUAUGUCGGCUACAUCUUCCGCUGCCAGAACGACAAGAUCGCCGAGGACGUGAUCAACACGUUGACGCAGGCGUUCCGCAGCGCGUACGACGUGAUCCGCCAGAGCAAGCGGCACAACCAGCAGCACUGCGACUACUGCCCGGCCAGCUGGUUCAACAAGCUGUGCGCCGAGCUGGACGGCCUCGGCCCAGAGGCGAUUCAGGCCGUGAUUGUGCGCGCGCUCGAGUGCCUGCCGGCCGAGGAGCGGCGCGAGCUGCUGCUCAAGCUGAGCGGUGCGGAGGCCGUCGACGCCGCCGAGCAGAACGAGCUGCUCAUGUCGCUGCUGCGCUUCCUCUGCGACGAGAAGCAGCGCAAGCACACGCACGUGCCGGCCGGCCAGCUGCCGCCGCUCGGCCACGACAGCUCCAACCUUCUCUUCGACCUCAGCUCAGGUUUGAACAAGGCGAAGCGGUCGCUGACCUCGCGGCUGGAGCAGGUGUGGAAGUACAACCGGGGCCGAGAGGAAACGAAGGAGAACAGCCAACCGGAGCAUUUGGUGCUCCAUCAGCACUCCGCCAGCACCACGCCGGAAGGCUCGCCCUGCCCGACGCCCACCAAGGCCGAGUUCCGGUACGAGUACCCGGCCGACUCGCCGGUCGCCUCCCGACCGCGCAGCUCCACCAUCGCGGGCAGCUCUGGCGAGGGGUAUCGGCGGGAGUACCGCACGAGGAACCUGAACCAGGCGGCCCGCACCGACAGUCCCAUGGUGGCCAUCUUCAAGCGGAUGGGCAACAGCCCGCGCGCCGCCGACACUGGCCGGCCGGGCGGCGACGGUACGCCCCGGCACGCCAACGCCUCCUGGCGGCAGGCCAUCUUCAACAGGAUCCGCACUCCAGGUAUGUUUUCCCGAAGCGUCUGCUCGAACUGAUGCAGGAGUCACGGCUGCUUAAGGUUUGUAGCUUGAGCGGGCAUUCACCACACAGCUCGGGACACAGCACCUCUGAAGCUUUUCGCGAAACAACCUGGUGGGAUAGAUGCUGCCAUUUAGUGUUGCUGGAAUGUCAUGGCAAGUAUUGUUGGAAUGCCAUUAUGGGAAUAGGACAAGUGACAUGGUAUGGAUUCAUUGCUGCAUAUUGGAGCAGCAAAAAAAUAUUUCCAUGUAGCCGAGGCCUCUCCGUUUAGAUGCAUGUUGGUUUUACCAAAUGUAUCUUGCGGUGCUGUCACGUUGUGUAAAAGGCGGUUUUGUCACGAAAUACGAAAGUACGACGCACAUUCUUGGAAAGUACGAAGACCAUACUUUGUUGGUAUUAUACUGCUUUACUGAUACGAGCUAAGAUAGCACAUUUCGUCGUAUGAACUAUGCAAGAAGUGAAAUGCCUUUCCAGAAAUGCGCUUUUCGAUAACGGCUUAUGACAAAUGCACUUUGAGUAAAUCGCACUGUAUAUGAAAAUAUCAAGAUGCGAUCUGUGUCAGGACAAUGAAGCACAUAACUGAUUUAGUUGUGUAUUUGGUUAUAGGGAAGGCUGCCAGCUGAGCCUUAAACGAGGAAUUCAGCUUGCAUGCUUCUGGACUCUGAAUCCUCCGUCUCCUGAGCGUGCAUGAAAACAAUUCUAAUUGUUAUCUAGAUCAUAUCAACACCGAAGCACGGACGUUUUUAUUUGCGCAACGCAAGCACUUAUACCUGCGCAGCAUGUCGGACACAACAAUCUCAUGGAUGUGGUGGUGACAAACGGAUCGAUCUUUCCUGUUUUUAGAGUUGCUCAUUUUCAAUUAUGUAGCUUAAGUGCAUAUU